GCAGCGUGGAAUUAAAUGGGGCAUCUUCCCCACCAACCCAUCCAUCAUUUUCUCCGCGGCAUACGGUACAGCAAAGCUUCAGCCCUCGCGCUCCUCAACCGGACCACUCUUUCCUCCACUCCUCCUUCCGAACGCUUCCCUCACUCUCAGCGCCUGAAGAGGUUAGGAAGAGGCCAUGGGCCAAUCCGCAAGCAGAAACAGGAGAAGAUCAUAUUGCUAUCACCACCCUCACCCUCACCCUCACCCUCAUCCUCACCCUUCCCAUCCCCCUUUCCCUUCUUACUUCCCCACCCUUCCCCUUCCUUCUCCACCGCCGCCGCCUCCUCCUCCUCAUCCCUUCUUCUAUGGGUUCCCUAACCCCACACCUCCUCCUCCUCCACCUCCUCCUCACAAUCCCCACACCCACCACCCCGCCCCCAUCUAUGGAGCCUUUGAUUACGCUUCUCCUCCGCCUCCGCCCUUAGCCGCUUCCGUCUCGAUGCUGAAGCCGAUGGCUUCAUCCGUCGAGCAUCACAGGUCGGCGACCGUCAAGAACCUUGUCAACUUGCACAAGGACUCCCUCCUCCUCGAGCCUGACGAGUGGGUCCCCGAUCAACACCUGAUCUCCUUCACCUUCGACUCUCUCGCUGAUGGGAGUUUCACCAUCUUUUACUUUGCCAAGGAAGAGAGAAACUGUAGUUUUUCCCAAGUGUAUCCUGACAUGGGCGUGCCCGUGAAAAUACCGUUUCGACGAGGACUAGGUCAGAGGUUCAGGCAGCCUCCAGGAUCAGGAAUUGAUUUAGGAUUCUUUGAGUUGAAUGAACUCUCAAAGCCUUUAAAUGGAGACAUCUUUCCACUUGUUAUCUAUGCAGAAGCUUACCCAUCUACUCUUCAAAAAGAUGAAUUGACUAGUCAGUCGACAAUCGCCACAUGUGCACAGAUUACUCAAGCCGUUGUAGAGAAGGCCAAUGAUGGGGCAUUCCAAGUAAAGGUUCAAAAUCAAAUUUUGUGGGUUGAUGGUGAACGCUAUGAACUGCAGGAAAUUUUUGGCCUUUGUGCUUCAUCAGCUGAAUCUGAAGUUAGUGUUGAUAAUUCAGAUACCGAGUGUGUAAUUUGUAUGUCGGAACCGAAGGAUACUGCUGUGCUUCCAUGUAGGCAUAUGUGUAUGUGCAGAGAAUGUGCAAAAGCAUUAAGACUUCAAUCUAACAAGUGCCCAAUAUGUCGCCAACCUAUAGAGACCAUACUGGAGAUACAAGUUGCUGAAUAGAUGGAGAUAUUGGUGAAAUCUGAUCACUGUAUUUAAUGAGGCUACAUGGUUUCUUUUGAUUUGUCUCAUGUGUUGAUCACCUUGGAUUUAUAGUGCUAUUUCUUUCCAUCAAGGAUUUACAAUCCAUGAGACCCACAGUUUGAGGUGCGGUCGGCAUAAUAUAAUAAUCUCUGUUCCAUAUCAGCUAUAUUAUUCAUCAUGCAAGGAAAGUCUCAAGUACUUGAGAAGGCAACAUGCGCCACUAUGUAUUCUAAUAAGCAUCCAUGCUCUUUGCACGGACAAAUAUGAAACAGAGGACAAGGCUACAAGCCAGUGUUUCUGGCUAUUAAUAGUUCCUAAAAUGUGCAUAAUGCGAAAAGUAUAUACAUAGCCACGUAAUAUGUUGGAGGUAAGCUCUGGCCGGUCCUAGUUUAACUCUUCGAAGAACAGUCAGAGAAAAAACUUUUUAGCGAAUAAAAUGAGCUAUUGAUAUGUCACCUAGAUUAAA